AUGUCUUCAGUUCAGCAUCUGAGAGAGUUUAUCAAGGAGAGAUUAACUUCUGCUGCAGAAGAAAUCUUCUCAGAGUUUGAAAAAACGAUCGUCCGGUAUGAGGAGGAGAUCCGUCAGCUAAGACUGCUUAAUAUCAGACCCGGGAUAAAGUCACACAAUACAGGUCUGGAUGAUCAGCAGGUCUGUGACCAGGAAAGGAGCUCCAGUCUCAAGCAGGAGGACCCAGAGCCUGCACAGACUAAAGAGGAACAGGAGGAAACCUGCAGCAGUGACGAAGGAGAGCAGCUUGAGUUGAAGCAGGAGGAUGAAGGCAUUCAUGUCUGGACCGGAGAACAGCUGGAUUUUUUGUGUAAACUUGGAUUACGGCUGACUAGAAUAGACCUCCCACAGCAACAUGAUUGUAAGGAAAAUGAGGAUCUGGAUGACCCGCAGGUCUGUAGCCAGGAGAGGAACUCCAGUCUGGACCAGCAGGACACAGAGCCUCCACAGAUUAAAGAGGAACAGGAGGAAAUCUCCAUCAAUCAGGAAGAAGACCAGCUUGCACUGACGCAGGAAACCAAAAGCGGCAUCGUCUGGACCGGGAAGGAGCUGGGCAUCAUGUGGAACCCUGAAAUUUCUGUGCCUUCCUUCUGCCUCACCACGAUGGGAAGCAGAGCUUUUAGCUGCUCUGCUCCCAGGCUGUGGAACUCUCUACCCCCAGAUUUUCCACAACAUGACUGUAAGGGCGAGGAUGGGCUCACAAAUCAGCAGGUCUGUAACCAGGAGAAGAACUCCAGUCUACACCAGAAGGAUCCUUCACAGAUUAAAGAGGAACAGGAGGAACUCCGUACCACUGAAGAGGAAAAACCGCUUCUUCUAAAGCAGGAGACUGCAACUUUUCCUGCUGGUGAAGCAAGUGACCACAGUGAACCAGAACCAAGCAGUGACCAGCUCCUUUCUCACAACUCUCCUGUCACAGAUCAGGAUGAAAUCAAGGAUGGUGAGAAGCCACAUUCUUGCAGCACCUGUGGCAAAAGAUUUAUUUGGAAGGCAGACUUGACUAUACACAUGCGAAGUCACACAGGUGAGAAACCACAUUCUUGUAGCACCUGUGGGAAAAGAUUUACUACGAAGGGUCCAUUGAAGAUACACAUGCGAAUUCACACAGGUGAGAAGCCACAUUGUUGUUGCACCUGUGGGAAAAGAUUUACUCAGAGGGGUCAGUUGAAGAGUCACAUGCAAAUUCACACAGGUGAGAAGCCACAUUCUUGUAGCAACUGUGGGAAAAGAUUUCGUUUGAAACAAAUUUUGAAUAGGCACAUGCGAAUUCACACAGGUGAGAAGCCACAUUCUUGUAGCACCUGUGGGAAAAGAUUCACUCAGAAGGGUCAGUUGAAGAGUCACAUGCGAAUUCACACAGGUGAGAAGCCACAUUCUUGUAGCACCUGUGGGAAAAGAUUUAGUUUGAAACAAAUUUUGAAUAGGCACAUGCGAAUUCACACAGGUGAGAAGCUACAUUGCUGUAGUACUUGUGGGAAAAGAUUUCAUGUAAAAUCAAAUUUGAAAACACACAUGCAAAUUCACACAGGUGAGAAGCCACAUUCUUGUAGCACCUGUGGGAAAAGGUUUAGUUUGAAACAAAUUUUGAAUAUGCACAUGCGAAUUCACACUGGUCCUCAACCGUACUCCAUCAAUGUCUUCUGA